AUGGAUGCGGCGACGGUCGUGCUCUUGUCGCAGACGGACCACCACCUGUUCGAGGUGGCGCACCCGCGCCUCGACGUCUUCGACUCGCCGCGCUGCACGCGCCUCGCCACGCAGGCAUGGACGGGCCGGCGACUCGUCGCUCUCGCCGCCGCCUCAAUUGAACCCCGCCUUCGCGAUCCGGAAAUCGCUGCCGUUCACUUCGGCUCUCACGAGGCGCAGCGGCCGUUAGGGUCCGACGUGGCACGGGGCGCCAUUCCGAUCCGGCUGUGCGAGGACGCGUAUCCCGGGUGGAUAUCGGCUGCUGACGUGGCUCAAGGCGCCAUCCGUCGCCUAUCCAUUGGCUUAGAGAGUGCAACGCGAGAGGCAGGCGAUGCGGGGGAUAGGGACAGGCGGAAGGGCGGAGGAGGGGAGUGUGAAGGCGGAGGCAUGGCAGAGAAUGGGGGCAUGGGGGUGGGCGUGGGGGAAGAGGCGGACUUGGCGGGAGAGAGAGAGGCGGCGGUUGCAUUCGCGGAGGCGGCGAGGGCGGAGGGCGAUCGGUACCUGUGGGGCGGCACCACGGGGCCGCACUUCGACUGCAGCGGCCUCGGUGCGUUCCCCUCGCCUCAAUGUGCCGGCCCUCGCCCACGGCGCAGCACGCAGAGAUGUUGGUGCAGCGAGCGUAUGCAUCUACCGGAGUGUGGGUGCCUCGAGAUGCCUUCCAGCAGGUCAGUGCGUGUGGUGCGUGUGCUACCCACUCCACUCACUGGAAGGCACUGCUUCAGGGCCCUUGAGCGCCACCUUGCUCAACUGCUGCACUGCCUGCUUCGCACACCCCUCCCUGCUCUCACACCCCUCCCUGCUCUCACACCCCUCCCUGUUCUCACACCCCUCCCUGUUCUCACACCCCUCCCUGCUCUCACCUCGCUCUGCGCUCACCUCUCUCUACUCUCACCUCUCCCUGCCGUCACGACUGUCUGUUCUCACCCGCCUCUCCGCUCUGCAGGAGGCUUUCUGUCAGCCACCUCUCACCUCACCUGUCCGCCUCUGUGCUGCACGCCGCUUCCCACACCCUACCACCUCCCCCUUGCACACCUCCCCCUGCACACCUCCCCCUUGCGCACCUCCCCCUUGCGCACCUCCCCCUUGCGCACCUCCCCCUUGCGCACCUCCCCCUGCACACCUCCCCCUGCGCACCUCCCCCUUGCGCACCUCCCCCUGCACACCUCCCCCUGCGCACCCCCCCCUGCGCACCCCCCCCUGCGCACCUCCCCUUGCGGCGCACCUCACACCGCACAGCACCUCAAUCAUGCAUCGCCACUCUGCUGUCACACCCACUUCCUUGGGGUGUUUUUCGGCACCACACGUGCCACACAUGUCGGCAUCGUCACCUGCACCAAGCACCACCGCCACCCACACCACCACACUCCACCACUCCGUACCAGAUCCAGCCCCUCCCACACACGUGACAGCAUCCCCUCCCACGUGCUUCACAGCAGCCCAUCACCCGUGCGGCACAUGGUGCAGGUGGCGUUCAUGCACAGCUCGGGGCGCGAUGACGGGCACGACGGCAUCGUCUCUGACUGCCUGCGCCUGCUGCUGCUCUGCCCUCCGCUUUGCGCUCAACUGACUUGUGGCGACGCGCGUGUGUUGAGGGAGCAUGCCCAUGGCUCGGGUGACGCGUGUGUGUGCUGCCUUGGUGCGAGCAGCAAGGAGGGGUUGGGAGAGGAGCAAGAGUGCAUGAGUGUAGAGGGAGGCAGCAGGGCGUGUGGGGCAGGCGAGGCAGGGGAGUGGAAGGUGGUGACGCGGUUGCACGUGGGCAGCAGGGAGGUGGGGGAGCAGGGGGGGGUGGGGGAGCAGAGGGAGGUGGGGGAGCAGGGGGGGGUGGGGGAGCAGGGGGGGGUGGGGGAGCAGAGGGAGGUGGGGGAGCAGGGGGAGGUGGGGGAGCAGGGGGAGGUGGGGGAGCAGGGGGAGGUAGGGGAGCAGGGGGAGGUGGGGGAGCAGGGGGAGGUGGGGGAGCAGGGGGAGGUGGGGGAGCAGGGGGGGGAUGCCAGUAUCCAGGCCGCCGUGGAGGGCGGGCAGGGGCACAGGUGGGAGGGAGGGAUGACGCUGGUGCCAACGCACACUGCAGGCAGUGAGGACGCGGUUUUGGCAGAGGGAGGGGAGGGCGCAGCAGAGUGGGGGAAGGGCGUGGAGGUGCAUGCGCGGGGCAGGGUGGCGGCGCACUAUGGCGCCCAGCUGAGAGGCUUCGGGCGCGUGCUGCACGCCCUGCCACCGUCGCUUGCUCACAUCCCCCCCCACCUCGUGCUGCCCCUUCAGGUGUAG